AUGAUGGACGACGAUCAAGCUGCAAAGCCUCCCCUUGUAAAUGUCCCCAACGGACAAGUAAUGAUUGCAGGUGGUCGGUUUACCCAGAUCAACGGCCGCGAAUCGCUUCUCAAGACGAUCCAUGACGCUUUCAAGGACCACAGAGCCCCAAAUGCCACACACGACUCCAAUGAUCAAGCCAACCUACAAAAGUGCCAUCCCGGAACGCGAACGGACAUUCUUCAAAAACUCGAACGAUGGGUUCGGGACCCUAACGACUUGGCCACCACCAUGUGGCUAUUUGGCCCCGCAGGUGCUGGGAAGACCGCGAUAGUACGAUCGCUCGCUCGGAUACUGGCUGAGCAGAAGCUCCUGGCAGCCUCUUUUUUCUUUUCUAGAACGAUAGAAACCCGCAGCGAGGACAAAUUGUUUGUCUCGACCUUGGCUCAUCAGCUCGCAGUGAACACCCCGAAACUACGAGCUCAUGUGUCCAAAGUCGUCCACGACGACCCUUUCGUCUUCGAGCAGUCGAUGGAAACACAGUUCCAGCGCCUGAUUGUCGAGCCGGUCAUCAAAAUGCGCAAUCCUGCGGUGACGUCGCCCCUAAAACGACUCAUUAUCAUUGACGGGCUCGACGAGUGUUUGCACCGUGACGCUCAGUCCCUCAUCAUUAAAACCAUUCGCGACUCCACACAUCUUUUGCGCGAUCACUUAAAAUUCCUGGUGGUCAGUCGCCCGGAACACCAAAUCCAGAGCACCUUCGAUCAACCUCGAGAUGGGAAUUCUACGCGAUAUGUGGAUUUGUUGCACGACUUCAACGCGCUCAACGACAUUCGCAUUUUCAUGUCCGACAAGUUCGCGGAAAUAAAGCUCAAACAUCCGCUAGGGUACACAAUAGGCAAUGCCUGGCCAUCGGCUGACAUCAUCGACCUUCUAGUGAAGAAGGCAGCCAUAAGCAACUUCAUUUACGCGCGCACGACAAUGGACUUCAUCGCUACGACGUACGACCGACCGCAAGACCGCCUCGAAGUCGUCCUUGGGCUCAAAACUCCGGAAAGCACGGAAGAUCCUUACAAGGAGUUGGACGACCUGUAUCGGUACAUUCUGUCCUCGGCCAGAACGCCUAUCAGUUGCAUCUUGCGAGUCCUGGCUAUACCUGCGGUAACUGCCGCUUCCGGGAAUGUCGACAUGUCUGAACCACUUCAUUUCACGCCAUUCCUAGAGAAGAUACUUGGCUUAAGGCAAGGCACAGUUGAAUUAUGGUUAAUCGACCUUCGCUCACUGAUCAGCAUAACCAAGGCGAAUGAACCCAAUGCGCAAGUUAGCACCCUUCGUUUCUUGCACACAAUCUUCUCCGAUUUCCUUUUGAAUUCUUCAAGAUCUAGGGAAUAUUUUGUGGACCAGAAUCUGGCCUACCUUGAUGUCGCUUUGGGCAGUCUACGGAUACUUUGCGACCUGGAAGCGAGCUUCGGUCAAUGUCACACUGAUUUCGAGGUUUUCUGGGAAUGUGUCUUCGAUACUGGCAAGGUUUUCUCUUGGGCUUGUGAGCUUUCCCCUCCAAGCAAGCAACUAGAAUUUGCCAUCAUGGCCUGCGAUAUAUGGCCCACUAUAGGACCAAUCCUGGAGGCCUGUAACGAUGGGGCUUACUGGGUUUGGUCCGUCAUCCGUGACUUUCUUAUCUGCCUAAAAACUUCCAGAGCACUCAAGAAUUCCCAAGCAUACGAGUAUCAUGUUCCCAUGUUUUACGCGUGGUUGAAGACCUGGCUUGACAAAUACAUUGCCGAGGAUCCAAUCCUAGACGCAUUCACACUUAUCACCAUUGCCAAGACCAUUGGACGGUGCCCUAUCCGCGCAAAAAUUCUGAGUUCAUUCUCAUUUGACGACUUCCUACCAAGGAUUGGACCGCGGUCUCCGCUGAGAACUCUUGUUUACUACUUCUCCAUUGAGCUCGAGUCGCGGAAUACCUUGCAUGUACAGUUGAUCGACCUUACCGUCAAGUUCAUACUGGACAAGAACCAAUCUGGGAGGCACAAUGACCACCUGCGGGUCGGCCACCGAAAGCUUGCGCAUCUGGCCAUUCGCGCCCUAUCCUUUAUCUGCUGUCAACGGAGCCAGGCCACAGAAACAAUCCCAAUGGAACACUUUUCUUUCAUCUUCGUUGCCAUCGAGGUUUUUAGCUAUUUAUUCCCCGUCCGGGACAAGGCGCAGAGACUCAAAAACUACGAAGCAUUAAAACGAGCGCCUGACCCAUCUCGGUAUCUUUCGGCUAGUCCAAAUGCUCCAAAGCUGCAAGAUCUCAUUGUGUUCCUUCAGAACCACCGCUUGCAUCCUCUUAAAUCCAAAGGCUAUCCUAACCUAGCUCAUUCCGUUCUCCGGAUCUUGCUCGCUCAGAGCUGCGAAGAACAGUAUAAGGAUUUUCUGCAAUACCAAGUUUUGAUGUCAGAUACAGAGGUCUCAUGGUUUCUUGGCCACUCAGAUCUUCAUGAACUCUCAUGA